AUGGCUGAAGCAUUGAAGGAUACCAUCACCCAGAGUCUGGAGUGUCCUGUAUGUCUGACCACCUUCACCGAUCCGAAGAUUCUGUCUUGUUCCCACACCUACUGCAAGGCAUGCCUGGACAUCCUUUACGAAUGCCUUGGGGAUGACUGUAAGAUCCGAUGUCCCGUGUGUAGAAACGAAACUCCGGUCCCAAACCAAGAUGUUAACGCACUCCCGGGUAAUCUUGUUUUGAAAAAUCUUAUGGAGGACAUUAAGAAUCAACAUCAUCGUUGCACAAAUUGUAAGACCGUCGACACUACAGAUGUCUACUGCCAAGAUUGUGGCAAGUAUCUCUGCAUCAAUUGUCACAGCAUGCAUACUAAAUGGGAAGACUUCAUCGGCCAUGAAAUUGUUGCGAUUAGUGAUAUCACAUCAGGAAAGGUAACAGUUCGAACAUAUCAGAAAUGCAAGAAACAUCCCAGAGAAGAUGAGGAAAUCUUUUGUCGUAUCUGUAGGAAAUUCGCAUGCUACAAAUGUGUACCUCUAGAGCAUACAGGCGAAGGACAUCGAAACAUCACUGCAGGUGAAUAUGAACAAAAUUACAUAACAAAGAUCAAUGACCUCAAAUCAAAGGUAUACAAGAAAUGUUUUUCCUUCAAGAAGUAUGUCAAAUUCAUAAAUGAUCAGAAGGAACUUGUGAGCAAUGCUCAGGAUCAAUGUUUAAAUGAUAUUCAAGAAGCAUAUGAUACAUUAGUCCAGCAGUUGACCGAGAAAAAAGAGCUUCCCGAAGGUGAAGUCAAGGAUAGAGUUGAGGGAGUAAAGAAAGAACUUGAUGAAAUGAAGAGAUCCGCUCAGUGUUACAUCACAUUAUUGACUACAUUGGCUAACUUGAUCACGAAUAAGGCAAAAGCACCGUUAGAUUUGGACACGUUGGCUGUACAUGACACGUUGUGUGAAGACUUACUGGAGGCCUUGAAUGAAAAAGAACCCGACUACGACAAGCCAUUGAAGUUAAGCAAGAAAGGGAAGAUUGUAAUGUUUCAUCCAUUCGAAGGAAACCUAGAAAUGCCUCUUGGUAAGAUUGUUGAAGUGGUUGCAAAGAACACCGUAAAUCUGCCUUCCAACAAUAAUCACAUGAAUAUCAUCGCUAGGACACCGGACGGUAGGAUGUUAGUGGGAUGUAAGAGAGGCGGGGAGAUGUUUACUGCUGAUGGUCAUCUCCAGGAGUCUAUUCUCAAGGAUGUUGAUAUUCGUGGAGUGGGUUUCCUGUCUGACAAUCGAUGUGCUGUAAUUGAUGGUUCAAACAAUAUCACAAUAUACACACCAGAGUACAGAAAAUUGAAUGUUGAGUUUGGGACACUGAGUAAAGAAGAAGGUGGAUUUUCCAACCUCACCGUCGAUGGUGAUGAUCAGAUUUAUGUUAGCUACAGGAAAGCCAAGAAGAUCCAGGUUUUCUCACCAGCCGGUGGAAAGGCAGAUGUGGAGAUUGCGAACACGGGAUAUGAAGUUAUGCAAAUCAAUACUUACAACGAUUUCUUGCUAACGGCAAAUGUUAUUUCAGUACGUUUGAUUGACAAAGAUGGUGCCGUAAAGCAUCGAUUAAGAAAAGCGAGCUUCUACACUUCCACUCUGUACCCUGCCGUGUCUCUCGGGAAUAAGAUCUUGAUAGCCGAGGUGAAGCACAAUAGAGGUUUGGUGAGCAUUGAUGAGUACACUGAUCAUGCUAAUGAACUAGAACAUGUUCAGAACAUCGUCAGUGAUUACAAGUUUGAGAAGCCUGGGAGGGUUUGGUAUUAUCUCGAGCAGUACCUGUCAGGAGAGAUCGCUUUUUGUACCACUGAUAGACUAUAUAUAUUCCAUUGA